CUGUCAUGUGCUAACUGUAAACACUUGGGGAGGCACAAUUAUUGGAUUGAAAACGUUUAAAGAAGUUUAUUUAGACUACCAGAGGAGAUGGGUAUUAUUAUCUCCGAGGAUAAGUUGUGGCUAACGCAGCUGGCUAAUUAAUUUUAUGCUCUUCUACUGUCUCUUUUGAAUUGUGACUGUUGAGAGAAUAGAGGAAUAAACAUGCCUCAGGCAGCAGCUACCAUCAGUGGGAUCCAGAGGAUGGUUCUCUAUGAGACCAGAGCCAGGUAUUUUUUGGUGGGGAGCAAUCAGGCACAGACCAAACACAGAGUCCUGAAAAUUGACCGCACAGAACCCAAGGACCUGGUCAUAAUUGACGAUAAGCAUGUGUACACCCAGCAAGAGGUUCGGGAGUUGCUGAGCCGCCUGGACCUGGGCAACCGCACCAAGAUUGGCCAGAAGGGUUCCUCAGGCCUGUCCAGGGCUGUCUCAGCCUUUGGCAUUGUGGGGUUUGUACGUUUUCUGGAGGGUUACUACAUUGUGUUGAUCACCAAGCGCAGAAAGAUGGCUGACAUCGGGGGCCACUCCAUCUACAAAAUUGAAGACACCAGCAUGAUCUACAUCCCCAACGACUCGGUCAGGGUUACACACCCGGAUGAAGCAAGAUAUGUGCGGAUCUUUCAGAAUGUGGAUCUGUCCAGCAACUUCUACUUCAGCUACAGCUAUGACCUGAGCCACUCGCUGCAGUACAACCUGACUUUGCUGCAAAGGCCUUAUGACCUGUGGUUGUCACCAAAUGCUGCCGCUGAGGAAGAGGUGCACACGCAGAGCAAGCAGGACUGCUUCGACAUCUUUGAAGAUGAGGGUCUACCGACACAAGUGGUUUAUGGCCUCCAGAAUGAGCCGUACUACAAGUACGUGUGGAACGGGAAGCUGCUGGAGCGAGUCAAGGACAUAGUGCAUCAUCACUGGCUCAUGUAUAUAAUCCACGGCUUUUGUGGCCAGUCCAAGCUUCUUAUCUAUGGCCGACCAGUUCACAUAACUCUCAUCGCCAGGCGCUCCAGCAAAUUCGCCGGGACCCGCUUCCUGAAAAGAGGAGCCAACUGCGAGGGGGACGUGGCUAAUGAGGUCGAGACAGAGCAGAUCGUCCAUGACGCCUCGGUUAUGUCUUUCACAGCAGGAAGUUACUCCUCGUACGUCCAGGUGCGAGGUUCAGUGCCGCUCUACUGGUCCCAGGACAUUUCCACCAUGAUGCCAAAACCCCCAAUACGAUUGGACCAGGCUGACCCAUACGCCCAUGUAGCAGCCCUCCAUUUUGACCAGAUGCUGCAGCGGUUUGGCUCUCCCAUCAUCAUCCUUAACCUGGUCAAGAAACGAGAAAAGAGGAAACACGAGAAGAUCCUGAGUGAGGAGCUCUACCCAGCUGUGAUCAACCUCAAUCAGUUCCUGCCUCCAGAAAACUGGAUCGACUACAUUGCCUGGGACAUGGCCCGCUACACCAAGAGUAAGUUGUGCAACGUUCUGGACCGUCUGAGUAUGAUCGCAGAGAACGUGGUUAAGCGAACAGGAUUCUUCAUUAACCGCUCCGACUUCUACUGUCACACCAUCAGACCAGAUGACAGGUGGGGAGAUUUAGGUGGACACAUCACAGCCAGCGGACGGGUGCAGACUGGUGUGCUGCGGACCAACUGUGUUGACUGUCUGGACCGGACCAACACCGCCCAGUUCAUGGUGGGGAAGUGUGCGCUGGCCUAUCAGCUUUAUGCACUGGGAAUGAUCGACAAACCCAAACUCCAGUUUGAUACCGACUGUGUGAGGUUAUUCGAGGAGCUGUAUGAGGACCAUGGAGACACUCUGUCGCUGCAGUACGGCGGCUCCCAGCUGGUCCACAGGGUCAAGACCUACCGCAAGAUUGCCCCCUGGACCCAACACUCCAAAGACAUCAUGCAGACACUGUCGCGCUACUACAGCAACGCUUUCUCAGAUGCUGACAGACAGGAUGCCAUCAAUCUGUUUCUCCAAGUCUACCAGCCAUCAGAGUCCAAGCCUCACCUGUGGGAGCUGCCCACUGACUUCUACCUGCAUCAGAGGAACACCAUGGCCCUCCCUCAGGACAGACGGAGCUACACACUGUGGUGGUCAGCAGGAAUCUUGUCCUACCUCCCAGUGCCCUAUGAUGAAGUCUCAUGUGAGGAGACCAUGAAGAAGGUCAAAGUGAAGAGAGUCAACCGUUUUGAGGAGAGCAUUGACAUUUACACAGAAUUCUUCAAACCUUAUGAACUUACCUCCUUUGAUGACACAUUCUGCAUCGCCAUGACCAACUCUGCAAGGGAAUUUAUGCCCAAGACUGUCGGAGUGGAUCCAAGCCCGUUCACAGUCCGCAAGCCAGAGGAAACAGGGAAAUCAGUGCUGGGCAACAAGACCAGUAAGGAGGAGACACUGCUCCAGAGGAAGACUGCAGCUAGCGCACCUCCUCCCCCGAGCGAGGAGGCCAUCAGCAGCACAUCAGAGGACGACUCCGAGGAGGACCGCGAUGACGACGGGUCUGUGUCCCAGCGCUCCACACCGAUCAAACUGCUAAUCGAGUCUGGCGAGAGCACUCGCACACAGGAGGAGAUCCAGCAGCAGCAGUCAGUGAAGGAGCCCUACGGACUCAAUCUGGCUGAGUUACCCGAAGACAAAGACCUGCGCAUUUAUGAAAGGUUCGCACGUCUGGGCGAGAGCCAGCACAGGGUGGAAAGAACAGAACACAUAAACCUGGCAAACAUCAUCUGCUUAGAGCCGGUGUCCUGCUUCCCCGAGGACAGCAUCUAUGGCGUUUCUCCCCCGCAGGUGGACAGAGACAGCCGCGAUGAGUUUGAGAGCCAUGUGACGACGGGUCAGGGCCAGGUGAGGGUGCUGUGCAGAGAGGACAUGCUGAUGUACAGGGAGUACGUCAAGAACAGAUACAUGUGAGACGCACACAACAAGGACCUGAUUUCUUGAACCAGUAUGCAAAUCCAGAUGAUCAGAUUCAAUCGAUGACUCUCAUGUUUGGAGCAAGAGGUGUUUCCUUGCAUGUGUAAAUCCGUUUUGCUUUUCUGCUCAGAGUAGACCACAGUCCAGUAGCCCAUAAUGAAGAUAACAGUGCAAAUACAGCCCAUGUGUCCUGUAGAAGAACUGUGCGGGUUCAUUUUUCUUUUUAAUGAAAGUCAUUUCUGUGUUUUAAUAGCUUCAAAUGUUAUCCAGUUGUGUCAGGUGUGCCUCAACAGGAUGCCUAUAUGGUGCUUUUUAUUAGUUCUUUGUAUUGUUUUCCAUCAAUUAAGUUUUAGUAGCAUUUCUUUUAAGAAGGUUUAUUUAACUGUAUGUAUGUUUGGAACAUAUGAAUGGUUUUGACUCCUAAAAGGACCCUAUUGUCCCAUGUUUCUGUGACAACGUGACUAAAGGAGACAACACUUUUUAUUAAAUGCCACAGAGGUGAAACAGGCUGCAAUAUAAUCCAUACAGGCUAUUGAUCCUUUGCUAAGCCCCGCCCCUUUGUGAUGGUCUGUCAAGCUGUUUGUGCUAAUUAGGCAGACGUUGAACUGACCAGGAGGAUAGCACCUUGGGGACUGUCCUUCAAUGCUGGGUCUUGAACCAUGUAACGUUACAGCAGUAACAGAAAGUUUGCAGAUUGUUCUUAUUUUGCCCUUGAAUUUAUGGUUUAAAAGGUAAACUGAAGUGUGUUUGUUAAAUACAUUAAUUUGAAAUUGCACUUCUUUCCCAUUGUUAACCAGUUAACAUGACUGUUCACUUGUUUUUGCCAGUAUUUGCAAGUUACUUAAAAUGCCUGUCCCGACUUAAUAUUUAGCCAUGAAAUUGAAAAUCUUUUAGAUAACGCUAAGCUACGUUUUCUGUACUCCAACACAACAAACUCCUCCCGGCACUCCUCUCUCCAACUCUCACUACUCUUCUGUUUUUCUUGCAGCAAGUCGACUUGUGAGAUUUCAGAACGAGACUUCUCCUUGGGCAAGACUUAAUAGUCACAAUAACAAACAGACCAGGGAAAGAUAAAGAUAAACGUUCCCAUUCUCUUUUCCAUAUUGUUGUCAGACACCUCUUAUAACAAUCUGAUCCUGUCAGUGGCAAAAACAAGCUCUUUUAGUAGACGUAAAUUGACAGUUUACAAUUGCCUGUAUGGAUCACAUUGUAGUCUGUUGCGCCCAGUGGUCUCCCUCAACACUGGACCAGUUUCAAAAGUUGUCUUCAGUAGUCACUUAGAGGCUGUGUCCUGGGGCCACUGUAUUUUAAAAAUCAUUGCAAGUUUGAGCGCCGUGUGUUUACGCUACGCUACGACAAGGUGCUAAGUGUCUAUUCUGCUCUGAGCUCUGAACGUUUGUGUUUUCUUCUGAGCACCGAGAGUCCAAAAUGUUCAACUUUGGGUAAAACCUUGUGCUCGUCACAGCCACUUUUUACCCAAACCUUUAAUCACAGUGGAGAAGGGGUGGAGCAAAUACCAUAAAGAUAAAUCAUCAUAUCUUAUAUGUACAAGUGCUGAACAACGACAACAGCGAUGGAGGACAAAUAUGUUACACACUGUAAAUAUAUUAAUAGAUGUUUACUCUCAUGAACCCCAUGCAGACCGGCGGGUCCAUCCUCUCUCCCUACGUGCUGCCAAAGCGAGUCCUCUACCUUGUGCUGACAUGUUUACUUCUGUGGAUAUUCUGUAUCACAGCAACCAGACGCAACCAUAGUGUCUCACUUUAAAGGUGUGACCUUUUUUUUAAGUGCUUCAAAGCACUCCUAGGUGGGCAGUUGCUCGUUAGCAUCUGGCUUUUUCAGCUGGGAUAAAACACUUUGGUGGACAUGCGGCCUUAGACACAAUAUCAGGGGAAAAUAGGGUCAAGGUCAUAAAAUUCUGAAGUUUUGUUGAUGUAUUCUGAAUCUUAAAUGUUGGAUCCAUUAAUAUGAUGGCAGGCCCAAAGAUUAUAAUGAGUUUUUCUUUAAAUUCCACCUCAGAUUUGCUUUGAGUUUAUAUUUUUGUUUGUUAGUCGUUUUUGAAAUUGCUCUCAAAAACCAUCUGGAACAACAGUCCUACACAGUGUAAGUCAUUCAUGUACUGUAAACGUAUAUCCAGGUCUGCAGACCAAACACGACACAGAUACUUUGAUAUUCUUAGUUUACAAACCUGCACACUUUUGUUUUGUACAAAUGCAUUUCUGAGAUGUCAGCUGAUUUCUGUGUAUGCUAAAUUAAACAUGUAUUUAUUAACA